AUGCACGUAAGCACAAAUAUGAGCAACUAUGAAUAUUCAUCGUAUUCAUCAUCGUCAUCGGCAGGUGAUAGUGCUGGUGAUUUCGAUGCUACAAAAGCAAUAAUUCAAGCAAGUAGAUGUCAAUCAAAAUGUGACGCUUUUGAUGCUGAUGCUGAUCCUAAUAUUGACUUUGAUGUUGUAGCAGUUAAUCAAAGUGCUGGUCUCUACGUUGAUGCCAAUCCAGAUAUCAUUUGUCGACCAACUGCAGGUGCUGUUCAAACGUACAUACAAAACAUUAAACCACUCAUUUUCCAUGAACGACUACCACGACCACCAGUUGCACAAACUUCGCAAAUAGUUAUUCGAAAUCUUCCUGCUUCGCCUGAACCACCAGGAUCAGUUAUUAUUGAACGCACUCCAGCUACUCCAUAUCAACCACUUGUUAUCAAACGUAAAACCAUUGUCCAACGGGUUGAUGCAGAUAAAAAAUAUUUCAAACCACGUAAUAUUAUAAUCCAAUACGAGCAUCUGCAAGUUCGUGUUGUCCAACAAUUUCAACGGUAUGGUGCACAAUGGCUCGAUGUUCACAUGCUUCUUCAACAAGUUCGAGUCGCUGGUGUUGUUGAAGAUAUUUCGCCACCAACUGAUGGUGUUGUAAGUACAGUUGGCUUAUCAUCAUCAUUUAGUCAAGAAUCGUCUUUUGGUUCCAAUGGUAGUGUUAGCGUAGUUGAAUUAACUAAUCUUCUUGGUGGAUCAGGCUUCACUGGCGUCGGUUUCGACAAUAGCCUAGCUGAAGGAACUGCAGUUACUGUCAACAGUGCUGACAAAAAUAAAGGUGGUCUUAUUGCUGCAAACGAAUUUAAACAAUUCUACCAAGGUGGCUUAUAA